AUGCAGAAUGAACACGAUCGGCAGUUCAUCGAGGAGACUAAAGAAUUGGAAGCAAGAUUAUUGGCAUUGAAGCAUCGCGUUGAGAUGAACAAGAGAAUUCUUGCAUCAAUGGGGGUACAGGAUGAAACAUCGGAGGUUUCAGUGACAACCCAGAGGAGUACGACUAGAAUGGAUGAAGACAAAGUGAAAGUCGAAGAAGACACCGCUCGCGCCCUGUCUUGGAUGAUAAAUGAUAUGGAAAGACGCGUCGAAGAUGAAUCAAAAACUGAAGAAGGAACACGAAUCGGCGAUCCAGAAGAAGACCCAACCACAACACCAUUCCCAUUCCCAUUUGAAGAAGGAUUUGCUCUGAUUCGAUCGAAACGCUCCACAAGCCGACGAAGAGUAUUAUGGUCGCAAUGGUCGGAAUGGGGAGAAUGCAAUUGCGGGCGACAAUCCAGAAAACGCUCGUGUCUCAAACAUAUUGGUCCGAAGUACACAAAUGAUGACCAGGAAUUCAUUCCGAUUGGCAAAGAUAACCAUGUGAAUGAAAUACUCGAUGAAGAGCCCGCGCCGUAUCCCGAAGGGGUCGAACAGCCGGCAUCUAUCGAAAUGAACCGACUGAAGCGAUCAACGCUGAAAUGUCCGCCGUCUGAAAUCGAGUUCCGAGAAUGUUUUGGCGCUGUGUGCCAGUAA